GCCCAUGUGGAUCAUGGGAAGUCCACUCUGACUGACUCACUGGUGUCCAAGGCGGGGAUCAUUGCCUCAUCCCGUGCUGGGGAGACCCGCUUCACUGACACACGCAAAGAUGAGCAGGAGCGCUGCAUCACCAUCAAAUCAACGUAUGUGGUCCAGAGAAGUGGGUUUAGAAACUGCUCUAUUUUUGUGGAGCUUAUUAAAGGUUACGAAAACUUCUUGACUUUUUCCUCUACAGUAAAUAUUCAUGACUAAAUAAGCAACAAUUCAAGUUACAUUCGCGGGAGGACAUGUACUAAUUAAUCAUCAGGACUGUGUAGGUGUGGUUUGAUCAGAUUAAAUAUCUUCAGAUUUUGAUUCAAAUCAAAAUGACAUCUAGUUUUUUCAACUAAGCCCCAUCCACAUCAGCACACACACAUCUCUUAACUGAAACAACAAUACAUUUUAUAACUUUGGCAGAAAAUAGCGUGUGUAUGUAAGACUGCAUCAUUCACAGUAUGCUGAUUGAGAGCAAAGGUUAUCAGUGCUUUCAAAUCUAAAAUGUACCUGCAGUUUUGAGCCAUCGCUUACAUGAGCUCACUGGAAACAAGCAAUUAGAUAUAAAUGUGUGUGAUUUAAUUCAAGUUGUGCCAUCAUCUCAGACAACAAAACUUUAAGUUUUACAUACAGAAGCAUUUGUAGUAUCAGUAAGUCAGCAAGAGUAGGUGUCCAGGAAUGUGUCCACCAUUUGCAUAGAGGUAUAUGGGGUCUGUAACACAACAUGAAAGACUUAAAUGCUUCCACAGGUUCUGGUCUGACAGUACCAUAUUUGAGCCUUUACCCAGCCACCAUUUCUACUUUAGGGCGCUGAUGUGUUGCUGUCAGCUAAUUUGUAAGACGCCAGAGUAGGUUGAUUCAUAACCACGGUAUUUGUUUUGUUUGCAGGUUUUUAACUUAAUUACAUUUGUCAUCUAAUUGAAAAAAAAAAAAAAAACGAUUUCACAGAUAAAUUUGUAAUGGCAAAACAAAGAUUUUGUCUGUGGAAAUCCUUAGUUAAGUCAUGUUAAAUUCCCAUUUUUUUGCAUUUUUCAAAUCCACUCAGGAUGUUUCUGUCUGAUUCCAGGAAAUGCACCAGCACUGACACUGAUUCGCACCACUACAUAUUAACUGAAAUCAUUCCAGUCAAACCUGUUUGUAGCAUUUGAACUGGGCCAUCUCUAUGUACUAUGAGCUUGGAGAAAACGACCUGGCAUUUAUCAAGCAGACUAUAGACGGAAACGGUUUCCUCAUCAACCUGAUUGAUUCUCCGGGUCACGUUGACUUCUCCUCUGAGGUCACUGCUGCGCUCAGGGUAACGGACGGAGCCCUGGUGGUGGUGGACUGUGUCUCAGGUGUGUGUGUGCAGACUGAGACCGUACUGCGGCAGGCCAUCGCUGAGCGCAUCAAGCCGGUUCUGAUGAUGAACAAGAUGGACCGAGCCCUACUUGAGCUACAGCUGGAGCCCGAUGAGCUCUUCCAGACCUUUCAGCGUAUCGUGGAGAAUGUCAACGUCAUUAUCUCCACCUAUGGAGAGGAUGAGGGGGGACCCAUGGGGAACAUCAUGAUUGACCCUGUUGUUGGUACAGUCGGGUUUGGCUCUGGACUCCAUGGCUGGGCUUUCACCUUGAAGCAGUUUGCUGAGAUGUACGUGGCUAAGUUCACAAAAGGAGAUGUUCAGCUGGGAGCAGCAGAAAGGUGUAAGAAAGUGGAGGACAUGAUGAAGAAACUGUGGGGAGAAAGAUUUUUUGACCCAAAUGCCGGCAAGUUCAGUAAGACCGCCACCGGUCCCAAUGGCCAGAAACUUCCCCGCACCUUCUGUCAGCUCGUUUUGGACCCCAUCUUUAAGGUGUUUGAUGCCAUCAUGAAUUUCAAAAAGGAUGAGAUAGCCAAACUAAUUGAGAAGCUGGAUGUCAAACUAGACUCAGAGGACAAGGAGAAAGAGGGAAAGCCACUGCUGAAGGCUGUGAUGCGUCGCUGGCUGCCUGCCGGAGAGGCCCUGCUCCAGAUGAUCACCAUCCACCUUCCCUCCCCCGUCACUGCACAGAAAUACCGCUGUGAGCUGCUUUAUGAAGGGCCGGGAGACGACGAGGCUGCCAUGGGUAUUAAGAACUGUGAUCCUAAGGCUCCUCUGAUGAUGUACAUUUCCAAGAUGGUCCCAACCAACGACAAGGGUCGUUUCUAUGCCUUUGGUCGUGUGUUCUCUGGCUGCGUGUCCACUGGCCUGAAGGUGCGCAUCAUGGGGCCAAACUUCGCUCCUGGCAAGAAGGAGGACCUUUACAUCAAACCUAUCCAGAGGACCGUUCUGAUGAUGGGCCGGUAUGUGGAGCCUAUUGAAGAUGUCCCAUGUGGCAACAUCGCAGGUCUUGUUGGAGUAGACCAGUUCCUGGUUAAGACAGGGACCAUUACCACCUAUGAACAAUCCCACAACAUGAGGGUGAUGAAGUUCAGCGUGAGCCCUGUGGUCAGAGUUGCUGUGGAGGCCAAGAACCCCGCUGACCUACCCAAGCUGGUCGAGGGACUGAAGCGUCUGGCCAAGUCCGACCCCAUGGUGCAGUGCAUCAUCGAGGAGUCUGGGGAGCACAUCGUUGCUGGAGCGGGAGAGCUGCACCUGGAGAUCUGUCUCAAGGACCUGGAGGAGGACCAUGCCUGCAUUCCACUGAAGAAAUCAGACCCAGUCGUGUCUUACAGAGAGACGGUGAUGGAAGAAUCAGACCAGAUGUGUCUCUCCAAGUCCCCAAACAAGCACAAUCGUCUCUUCAUGAAGUCCCGUCCCUUCCCCGACGGCCUGGCUGAAGACAUUGAGAAGGGGGAUGUCACCGCACGGCAGGAGCUCAAAGCUCGUGCGCGUUACCUCGCUGACAAGUAUGAGUGGGAGGUGACAGAAGCCAGGAAGAUCUGGUGCUUCGGUCCAGACGGAACUGGGGCCAACCUGCUGAUAGACAUGACAAAGGGGGUUCAGUACCUCAACGAGAUCAAGGACAGCGUGGUGGCUGGUUUCCAGUGGGCAACUAAAGAGGGUGCUCUAUGUGAAGAGAACAUGCGCGCAGUUCGCUUUGAGAUUCAUGACGUGACACUCCACACAGACGCCAUCCACCGUGGUGGAGGACAGAUCAUUCCCACAGCUCGUAGGGUCCUGUAUGCCAGCCAGCUCACCGCUCAGCCCCGACUCAUGGAGCCUAUAUACUUGGUGGAGAUACAGUGCCCGGAGCAGGUGGUCGGUGGGAUCUAUGGUGUGUUGAACAGGAAACGAGGUCACGUGUUUGAGGAAUCCCAAGUGAUGGGCACACCCAUUUUUGUGGUGAAAGCCUACCUGCCUGUCAAUGAAUCCUUUGGGUUCACAGCUGACCUGCGCAGUAACACUGGGGGCCAGGCCUUUCCUCAGUGUGUGUUCGACCACUGGCAAAUUCUCCCCGGAGACCCCAGUGACGCCACCAGCAAACCCUUCCAGAUUGUUGCUGAAAUCAGGAAACGUAAAGGUCUGAAAGAGGGCAUUCCUGCCCUUGACAACUACUUGGAUAAACUAUAA